AUGCCAGAGUCCCAAGCCAAUCCCACCGGCUCCGAUGAGCCCAGCAAAGUCCCGUUUGGAAAAUGGGACUCGUUUUCUUGGGAGGAAUUUCCGGAAUGGGAGGGUACCAAAGCCAUCAUAUUCCGCUCACUGGAUGGCAGUUAUGUGACAGCGGGGUGGAUCAAGGCGCAUGUUCAUGGUGGAGAAACAUUCACCCUCAAAGUUGGAGACUGUGUCUACUUUACCAAGGGUCAGAUGGUGGACUUUGAGUGCAGCGAGGACUAUGCAAAUGUAUCUGUGUUCUUCGGAACUGAGCCUAUUACUCUCGUUUGA